GACAUAAUGCUCGCUUCCCAGAGCUGUGACUUUUCCAAAACAUAAUCAGGAAAUUAUGCUCCAAGCCCUGGCAACCAACCCCUGUGUGCGGCUAAUUGAGCAGAACCAAACAUGCUGGUUCUUUUCCUUCUUGAUGUUGGGCUACCUGCUUUACCUCCUGAUAGGGGCAGCGAUAUUUUCAGCAGUGGAGCUGCCACACGAGCACCUUCUCCGGGAGGAGUUGUUGGACUUAAAGCAUCGCUACCUGCAGGAGAAUGAGUGUCUGACUGAGGAGAGGCUGGAGAAGUUCCUGAGCCGAGUACUAGAGGCCAGCAAUUAUGGGGUGUCAAUGUUGAACAAUGUGUCUGGGAACCCCAACUGGGACUUCACCUCUGCCCUUUUCUUUGUUAGCACGGUGCUCUCCACCACAGGAUACGGGCACACAGUGCCACUCUCUAAUGGAGGAAAGAGCUUCUGUAUCAUUUACUCCAUAAUUGGGAUCCCUCUGACACUCCUCCUAUUCACUGCGCUGGUGCAGCGGAUCAUGGUGUAUGUGACCCACAGACCCAUUUCCUACUUUCACCUCCGCUGGGGGUAUAACAAGCAGACUGUUGCCAUCGUUCAUGCACUGAUCAUAGGGUUCGUGGCUAUUUUGUGCUUUUUUCUUAUACCAGCUGCAGUUUUCUCAGCUCUCGAAGAAGAUUGGAAUUUCUUAGAGUCAUUUUACUUCUGCUUCAUUUCCUUGAGCACCAUUGGCCUGGGAGACUAUGUUCCCGCAGAGGGGCAGAACCAGAGAUAUCGGCAGCUGUACAAGUUUGGCAUCACUUGUUACCUGAUCUUGGGCCUAAUUGUGAUGCUUGUGGUUCUGGAGACUUUCUGUGAGCUGCAAGGCCUGAAGAAAUUCCGAAAAAUAUUUUUCCGAAAGAAAGUGAAAGAAGGAGACCAAAUAAACAUCAUAGAACACGAUCAGCUGACCCUCGCGUCCAUUUCAGAUCAAGCUGCGUCAUUAAAGGAGGACCAAAUACUGAAUGAACUCUCUGGGCCCGAUGGUCCACUAAAUGACGAUCAGUAGGACAGACUUGCACCCACUAAAGAUCCCAAUAAUAAUAUAUACCUCUAGUUCAUACACAAAACUUCCAUUUAUUUUUCAUUAAAGGAGAGGUUCUGAUAAAAAAAAAAAA